AACAGUCUGAGAAAGUCCUGAAUAAAAGAAUGAGAACCUUGUCACAGUUCGACCGACUUUCUGAACGACACUGAUCGCCUUUCUGAUCGCCUUUCUGAUCGACGUUUUGACUGACGCUCUGAUCGCCUUUCUGAUCGACGCCACCUUAAGUGGCCUCAAUGGAACGUUCUAGUUUCUAAAAAGGUUUUAGGCAAACCACCAGGAAGCAGCUGCAGGUACAAAACAGGAAGUCAGAGCGUGGUUAAAAUUGAAGUUACUAAACUCACAGACAUCAACAACAUCAGGAGAGACCUGCAGUCUGGAGGUUCUCAGCCUGUCAGGGAACAGACUGAAUCAUGGGUAAUGUAUUGAAGGCAGUUCAUGACCUCUCUUGGACCUCGACGAGACCUGGGACUGCUCAGACCUGGAAAAGCCAACAGGACCAGGUUCAGGAGGACCAGGAUCAGGAAGACCAGCUUCUGUUGGAGCUGUCGAGGCUCCAGGAGCUGGAGCUUUGGAGGAUCCACUGGGGUCUCAGUCAGAACCUCUUGCAGGACUUCCCCCCCGUCCCCACACACUGGCUCAGGUCCGCCGACGCCUGCAGCACCGCCAAGAUCAUGUUGAAAUGUUACCACAAGGAGGGGGCGAUGGUGAUGCUGGACGCGGUCCUGACCAUGAUCGGCCAGCAGGAUCAGGUCAGACACCUCCACCACAACGCAGACCCACCAAGACCUCGACUGGCUUUGAAACCCAACCAGCACUUUGUGAAGACUUUGCGCAGAAAGCUGAUCAGCAGAAUGCACCAACCGAGCGCCAUUAUGGAUCCCCUGCAUGACUACGGGAUCAUGAAUGCCGCCAACAGGGACGCCAUGAAUGUCUACGCAGUCCACAGGGACAAGAACCGGGCUCUUGUGGACCUGGUCCUGACGAAGGGGGGUGAAGCUCAGGAGGCAUUCUAUCAGGCCCUCAGCCAAACAGAGCCCUUCUUACUGCAGGAGCUGGAAGAGCAUUCAAUUACUGACAAGAAUCCCUCAGAGACCUCGGUCCUCGCAGAGAUUUUGGAGUUUCUGGUCUCAGAUGAGCUUGUGUCUUUCCAGUGGUUGGUUAGUGAUCACAUGACCAAAGAAAGCCGCUCUCCUAUUGGUGGAGAGCAGCUGCAGAACACAAGCAGGCUGACCACACAGAGACUUCUGGAAAAAUUCUUCGGACCGAAACGGGCCGAGAGCGUCGCCAUGAACGUCCUGCUAAAGAUAGUCCCAACGCUCAGUGUCUGUCUGCGAGGAGAAGCAGUGACAUCACAGAGGUUGUGUGACAUCAGAGCGGAGAUGAACAUUGACACAGCAGUGGUUGAGAUUACACCUGAAGUCCUUGAGGACGCCAACAUGUUCAGGUUGCGCUGCAAGCAGCCGGGUGUUUUCCGCUGCAGUCUGACCGGUCUGCUGUUGGAGGGUUUUGGUGAUGUGGUCUAUCAGACGGUUCCCUGGGACUUGGACUUCCUGUCCUCUAAAGGGCUGAGGCCAGCUGGACCGCUGUUCAGGUUCACCCUGCUGACAGGAAGUUUCCACCGCCUCCACCUGCCACACUGCCAGCUGCUCUCAGAUGGCAGGCAGCACUUCCUGUCUGUGGCUCACAUCACUGGGGACAGCAUGGACCUCAUCACACCUGGUCAGGUGACAGACAGCCAUGUGAUUGUUGACAUCUCUAGCUUCUCGUGUUUCGGUCUGUUGUCGCUGGCGCCGUCUGGCAGUGCGAUCAGCGGCCUUGUGCUGCUCUUCUCUCUGACACCUACACUUUGGUCAACUUUGGUUGUUUUAAAGUGCUUAACAAAUAAAGUUGGAUUGGAUUGGAUUGGAUUCUCUCAGCUGACUGAUUGCUUGUUAUACGUCCUGAUGCUGCCGAGGAACGUCUGCCUCACUCAGGUGAGGAAGGAGUGGAAGCAACGAAUCACAGCAGAGUAUGUGGAAACGAUACCGGACUGUGAGCUGAUCCCAAAUCAGACGUACAAACUGAGCGGACAGCCCGUUACUUUGAUCCAGCCAGAGAGUUCAAAGUUCGUGAACUUUGGUGACUACCACAGCUUCCUGCCAUCAUUUCAGGUGGAGCUGGCCACUGAUGUCAGGAGGGUGGAGCUUCAGCUGAGGAGUCACGUGACUCCACCUCGUCUGAUUGGAUGGCUGUUUGGCUCCACAGAGUCUGUGGUGUGGAGCCAAGUCUUCCAGCUGAGAGCUGCUGCCUCCACUGUCUGUACUGAAGUGUGUGUCUCAGAGUCCGUAGAUGUGUCCCUGCUGCUGCUCAGGGUGCUGAACUCUCUUGGGUUGGAGGAUCUGAAGACCUUCCAGUACCUUCUGAGUCUGCAGUCGGAUCCGGUUCCUGUCAGCCGACUGGAGUCUGCAGACCGAUCCAGAACUGUGGACCUGAUGGUCCAGCAGUACCACGCUGAGGGGGCCCAGGAGAUGGCCCAGAAGAUCCUGAGGAGGAUGAACUACAACCAGCUGGCCGAUCAGCUGCAGAGCAACUUCUGGAUCUGAAACUCUCGAUACAGGUCCUGAUUUCUGCUCUUCCGUGGCCCCUCUGUUGGUCCAGGGCUUCCACCGGAAGAAUCAUAUGUCCACCGUAUGUCCACCGUAUGUCCAUCGUAUGUCCACUGUAUGUCCCCGGAAUGUAUCAUAUGUCCACCGUAUGUCCCCGGGACAUAUCAUGUCCACCGUAUGUCCGCAGGACGUAUCAUAUGUCCACCGUAUGUCCACCGUAUUUCCCCGGGACGUAUUUUAUAUCCACCGUAUGUCCAACGGUACGUAUCUUAUGUCCACCGUAUGUCCACCAUACGUCCACCGUAUGUCCACCGGUACGUAUCUUCUGUCCACCCUAUGUCCACCGUACGUCCCCCGUAUGUCCACCGGGACGUAUCGUAUCCAGAGGAUCAAUAAUUGAUAGUUUGUAACUAAAUCAGAUACUUAAUUACUUUGGGUAAAAUGAAACUAAUUUGGAUGUAAAGUCAUAACUAAAGCAAGCAUGGUUACCAUUAGCAUUAGCUUUCUGGCUAGCACAUCAUAAUAAGCAAGAUUUAACCAUCAGAGUUUAAUUCUUAUAUUUUUUGAUUUAACGACCUCAGAGGGUGUUUAUUAUAUUUAUUCAAUAAUGAAUUACAUUUUA